ACAGAGAGAGGAGGGGACAAGGCACUCGAGUGUGUGUUGCUGGUUUCGUCAGUGAGGAGGGAAACAUGGGGCUUUGUUCCCUGGCCUUCGGCACUGGUUCUGGGAGCUGGAGUGGAGGGCAGCAUGCAGAGGCUGAUCACCACGUAACGAUGACAGGGAGGAGGCUGACAGUGAUCACGUCGACCUCCGUCUUUUCGUCCUCCACCUUCCGUGGGCUGAUCAUAGGGCUGCUGUUGUUAACGUCCAUAGCCGCGGCAUCUGCUCAACAAGAUCCGUAUGCUGGCGCUUGCGCCGGUCCCUGCCCUCAGGGCCAGAUCUGCCUUAUCAGCCAGCUGUAUGAUCCGCGGGUCGGCGGCCCGUCCGGCUACUGCGUUGGCGAGAACGAGUCUUCUUCCUAUUGCGAGUACAACGGCCGGUACUUCGCUGUCGACUUGAGGAUCCCCAAGGGUGAUGGCUGCUCCACUUGUCUCUGCUACCCGGGAGGCCGAUUGCUAUGCAGAAGGUCGGUUUGCGGCCGCGCUAAGUAAAUCUUCGAACCACUGUCGUCGCUCACAGGCGUGCGACACCCGUCCUGUCGCCUCAUGUCUCAAGUCAUUCCACGCAUCUUUUGUCAGCUAAAAAUAUCAUACACACGCGCCCACUAAUAUGCGCACACGCACACGCACACAAGCAUAUCGUGCAUACACCCACGCAGGUGGAGAGAGAGAGAGAGAGAGAGAGAGAGAGAGAGAGAGAGAGAGAGAGAGAGAGAGAGAGAGAGCGUCUGUGAUCGAUUACGAAUGACUUUUCAUUGAAUCGGACACCCUCUCCAGAGAAGAACCGAAAGGGGAAGGGGCUACAUAUAUUUAUCGAGUUCCAGGUUGAUAGAGCAAAGAGCCAUGUCGUUUGCGGGUGUGUUGGACACCGAUCAAUGACAUGUGUUGUAGCUGUUAAGCGAUCUCGUAAGAUUGCUGUCGAAGGUUUUCAGCUAUGCGCAGUGGUUACCUGAGUAAGGCACAGCCUAUACUAUAGGCUGUUGCGCUUCGUAAAUCACCGUGUUUUAUGUUUCGUCCUAAAGGAGUUUGCAGCAGGAGGAAGAGGUCAGUCCGAAGAGUGUGUUCGGCAGUGUGCACGCCGGUUCAAACCCAGCUCACGCAGUGAACUUGAAGGUAGUCCUCUCGCGCAUUUUUAACUCCCUCAUCAGCAAUGGGAGGGGAGGAGAGAGAGGGAAAUGGACACCAGGCAGAAAGUCCGAGGCCGAGCUGGCACGUAGUCAUCCGAUCAGGCAGACAUGCUGAAGAGAUGUUGAGGAAGGUAAUUGACAACGGGUCGCAAAAUCAAGCAGCAGCAGGAGGAGGAGGAGGAGGAGGAGGAGAGAAAAAUUUCUGCUUCCACCUAUAUAAAUCUUCUGUUUCCCGGUUUUGAUGGCCUGUAAGUCACUCGGCCUGCAUGGCUCACAGGUUUCGGAUCGCCGCACCGUGUUGUUGUGUUUGCUGACCUUCACUUCUCACAUCGUAUUUUUUUUUCCUCUUUGUUUUGGUGUGUAGAUGUUCCAGGAUUGUGUCCGUUUAAACUGGAUUCAAUUUGAUCCUGCACAUGCACAUUGGAAGGUGUAAUACUGGAAGGUGGACUAAGCGGCCGUGGUAGGAGGCUAGGAGCAAUGUGCACUGAUGGGAGCCCUGCCGGAUGCAAAGCAAGCAGGCCUGCCAUGAUAAAUUUAUCUCCCUCAGCUGAUGUCCCCACGGCUUAAUGCCAGGCACCUAAAGGCUAAAGGCCAGCAUAAAGAAAAUCAGGGUUGCAGGGAGGGAUGUGGACAGGUGGAAACUAUACCUCCUCUGUUCCUUAGACGUCCCCUGAUUCAGAUCAGACCACCUGAGGCUGGUGGACGCAGGAUGGCAGGAGCAAUCUCCAAUGGAAGUUACAGGCAUGGAUGUCUCAUUCAUUUCUAUCCGGAGAUGAGAGAUGAGACGAGAUGAGACGAGUAACUCCAAGUCUCUAUGUAGUCUGAGGUUUGAUAAUGUCGCAGAAGAACCACAUUGACAUAGACGCAUGGUCCAUCCGUGCUCACAGGCCUUCUCCUCACUUACCUCUCAGUCUGUGUUAUGGGCUGGAUAGCGACUGUGGACCCUCUGAGCAUGACCGUGGAUGCUAGAACACACGAAGACCAAUUGCUGCCUAGCGACUUUGAGGGAGGCUAUGCAGUGUUAUGUGCUACCUAUCUGCUGUGUAGACCCCCGUACGAAUACGGGCCGUACGUACGUACGACCGUACGUACGGGCUCAAGCAAAAAACAAAAUUUCGAAAAAAUCUGAAAAAAAAACAUGUUAUGCAGAAAAAUAAAUUGAAACACUUUUGCCUCAGGGUCAUAUUGAAAUUCGUUACCGAAUUUGAGAUUAAAAAAAAACGUGUUUUUUUUUUUUUUUUUUUUUUUUUUUUUUUUUUUCGUACGGGGCUGUACGUACGGCCGUACGGCCGUUCAUACGGCUGAAUGUACAACCGUACGAUAAAUCCCCCGUACGUCGUACGAAGGGUACAGAUAGGCUAUCUGUACACUGCGGAAUGAAUGGGUUAGGCAGGGCACGCAGCACGCGGUCUUCUCCCUCAGGGUGCAGGUCAUCCGGGAAAGGGCAUCGAGAUGGUUGACUUCAACAAGUGAUGCCAAAGGAAGCUGGAAACCGAUGCUGACGGCUUCUGGCGGAGGUGGGAUCCGACUGGGAGAUGCUGAUUAGAAACGGACUGUCAGUGACUGGAAAGAAUCUGAUGCAGUUUGGUCCGAAGUUGGUGGAUCGUCAUCUCUGGACACGGGAGGCCGUAGAGACAAAUUCCUAGUAGAACAUAAUUUUUGCUUAAGUCACAUUAGAAGGGAGUAGGUACGGCCUGUGUUUACUGUUAACUUAGGAGUGGGUGGUCACCGUGGUCUUGCUGGUUGGGCCGGCCGGCAUUGGGGAUUAGAGGGGGAGGGGUCCUACUCUUAUGAAAGGACUUGGAAGAGCCGGGGAUUAUGACAAACUGAUAACUACGAUGAUCUUAAAGGGUUCUUGUGUGGGCCCGGUCUUGUGGGCUGGGCCGGCCGGCGUUGGGGAUUAGGGGGGUCCAGAUGGGAGUGGCCUUCCUAAGGAAGGCACAAAUCAGAGAUAGAGGUAGGUUAGCAGGGUAAGGAGGGGAGGAAGACCGUAAGCAACCAAUGGCGGUAAAUAGGAUGUCAACUUUGUAAAGUGAGUAGAUAGGGCCGGUAGGGAUGGGCCAAAUGAGGACAGGGAUGCAGACGGUUGUUUUGGUUGUGACAGCCUUGGUUUUAUGUCUCAUCCAGUGCUGCUGGGAUGGGAGCGGCUUUAGGAACUGCUAAGCAUGCCCUACUCUGUGCUGUCUUCUCCGGGACCUGUUGAGCAUAAGGGGACAACUCUAAAGUUUCCUGGUCAGCAGGGAGGCCUCAUCGAGGUCUCUGAAGAGUCUGAAGUAAACGGCAGGGCUUAGGAGGUCGGGUGCGUGAUUAACAAUGCCCCCCUUAUCUGGUGGCUAGUCGCUGACAAGGGGGAGGCUGUACUGUUUUCUAGUCCGUCUCUUCUGUCCUCUGAUGCCUUUUAAUUGGUGAGGCUGUACUGUUUUUUUUGUCUAUCUCUUCGGCAUUUGUCUUCUGAUGCUUUUUAAAUAGAGAUGUACUGUGUUGGAUCAACGGGUAUCUGUGCCGAUAACAGAUCAACGCUGGAAGAUUCUGAAUCACGGGUUUCAUUUAGUGGGGGUGCGCAGGGGGGGGAGGGGGAAUGAACACACAGGCCCUUUUGUGUGAGGUGGGAGAGGGAGGGGGAUUAACACGCAGGCUUCUGACAUCGAUAUUGACACUGCACUUGGAUCCAUGAAUUGGGUAUAACUGCUCGAAACGAACGGAUGUACAUCCUCACAUUUGGUUUGGAAAGUUAAGUGGGGAACAAACGGGCCUAAGUCUG